AUGAAUACUUUUAAAGAGGAUUUUUUUCUUGAUAUAUUUAGAGGAGGUCCAGGUAAGCAUUUCUGUUCAGGACGAGAAAAUUUUUUUUUAGAAAAUGAUACUCUUGAAUUAGAUAUAAGAAAGGAAUUUCUAAAAAAAUUAGGAAAUCCCUCUUUUUUGUCUAACUUUUCAGAAUUAAAAAGGAAAUUAAUUUAUGAUUUUUAUAUUAUAAAAAAAGAGGAAAUUAAGAAAAGAAUAUGGAAGAAUUUUGAAAAAAUCAUUGAUAAUUUAGAUGAUAAAGAUGCUAUUAAAAUAUAUGAUAAAUUAAGAGAAAAUAAUAAUGAUAUUGAAUUUUUCUUAAAUUAUAUACAAUAUUUUAACAAUUUUAGUUAUAAAAAAGAUAGAAAAAUAAAGAAAAGAAUAAUUUCAAAUAAAUUACAUGAACAACAUGAAUUAAAUAAUUUUAGAUGCAAUUUACCUGAUAAUAUAAAUUUAGAAAACAUUUUAUGGAAUAAUAUAGAUGUAAAUAAUUAUAAAAAUAAAGGUUUUGAUAAUAUUAAUAAAGAAAUUAAUAAACUAUGGAAUAUUUAUAUAACUUGUAAUAUACUUAAUGCAAAUAAAUGCAAAAAUAAAGAAAUCAUAGAAGAUAUUUUGCGUAUAUUGAUAAAAAAAGAAUAUGAGAAAAUUGAAUACUUUGAAGGGUCAAAAAAAAUAGCUUUAUGGGAAUUGUUAAAUAUUCACAAAAAGCAAUAUAAGCAUAUUGAAAAUGAUGAAAAUGAUACAUUAGAGGAUAGACAUACUGUAAUAAAUAAUUAUAGUGAUAGUUUUUAUUUUGAAAAGAGCAAUUUAAAAAAUGAUGAAAGCCUCUUGUUAAGUGAAAAAAGUGAUAAUCAGAUAAAUAAUGGUUAUAAUAAUGAAACCACUGAAAAAAAAUAUAUACAUGAAAUUGAAUAUAUUACUAACAUAAGCAAAAAAAAUUAUAUAAAUAAUUCACGAAAUAUAAAUAAAAAUAUUACAAAUUCAUUGAAAAACAUUAAUAAAGCCAAUUCAUUAAAGAAAGAUGAUUAUGUUAUCCAUAAUAUUAAUAAUUUAGAUGAAAAAGAUAAUUUAGUAUUAGAUUCCCAGAAGGAUUCUAAUAACACAUUAGUAAACGAAAAAGAUGUUACACUAAAUGUAAACUCAAAAGAUACAAAAAUAGAAUGUGGAAAAGAAAAUGAAGUAACAUUUGAUUUUUUAUUAAAUUCAAUUAAAGGAGAAAUUAAAUUAAAAGUAAAAAAUUUUGUUAAAGUUCAUCAAGUAGGACAAGGAGCUUAUGGUGAUGUAUGGAUGGCUGAAGAUAUUACAAAUAAUAAGAGAGUAGCUUUAAAAAAAUUAAAAUUAAAUGGAGAUAAAGAAGGUUUAGCUAAAACCUAUAUAAGAGAAAUAUCCAUUUUAAAUUCUUUAAAACAUGAGAAUAUCGUUGAAUUAAUUGGUGUUGUUCAUUCAAAAAUGCCUUUUGAUGAAGAUAUUCAAAAACAGUAUUCCAUUUGUACAGAAUAUAAAAAAAAAAUAAAUUAUGACAACCAUCCAAAAAAAGAGAAAAAAAUAAAUGAAGUGGUAUCAAAGAAUAAUUCAGAAGAAGGUAAUAAUUUACACAGUGUAAAUGAAAAAGAUACUAAUAUAAUUAAAAGAAGAAAAAAAAAAAAAAAAAAAAGGGAAAGAAGAAAUUCUUUAGAUUCUACAUUAUAUUCUCAUUUUUCAUCAUAUUCUUCAUCAAAUUUUUCAUCAGAUUCCUCAUUAAAUUCUUCUUUGGAUUCAUUAUCAAGUUCAUCAAGUUUUUCAUCUUCUUAUAGUUUGUCUUCUUACAAAUCUUUUGAAAAAAAAAAAGAAAAAAAAUCUUCUAUAUGGAUGGUUUUUGAGUAUGUUCCUUUUGAUUUAUCAGGUUAUAGUGAAGUAUUAAGGGAAGAAAGAGAAAAAAAGGAUAGAUAUAAGAGUGGUAAUUUAUUUACUAUAGGGGAAAUUAAAAAUUUAUUUAUACAAUUAUUAAAAGCAUUAGAUUAUUGUCAUAAAAAUAAUAUAAUACAUAGAGAUAUAAAAAUAGCUAAUUUACUAAUUGAUAAGAAUGGAGUAUUAAAAUUAGCUGAUUUCGGUUUGGCUAGAUAUCAUUCGGAUAUUAAUUCAUCUAAUAUGACUAAUAGAGUAAUUACAUUAUGGUAUAGACCCCCUGAACUAUUAUUAGGAUCAGAAAAUUAUUUAUCCUCUGUUGAUAUGUGGAGUUGUGGUUGUGUUUUAGCUGAAUUGUUAACUAGUAAUCCUUUAUUUUCUGCCGAUAAUGAAUCAGAUAUUUUAAAAAUGAUUGUUAAUAAAAUUGGUUUUCCUAAUGAUAAAGAUUUAAAAUAUUUAAAAAAUUUACCUUACUGGAAUUCUUUAAAUUUUAAUCCUAUUCAUCCAAACAAUAUUAAUAAUAUAAAUCUUAACAAAAAGUUAGAAAUAGAAAAUUCUAUUAGAAGUAUACCUGGUGUUGGUGAUUUAGGAUUAGAUCUUUUAAAAAAAUUUUUGAAAUGGAAUCCUUUUGAAAGAAUAACUGCAAAUGAUGCUCUUAAUCAUCCAUGGUUUAAAAUUUCCCCUUUUUCAGAAAAAAUUCAUCAACGAAAUAAUAUAAGAGCUGCACAUAGUUUUAUGACAAAAAAUUAUAAAAAGAGAGAUUCUUCUAAAAUAAGUUAUAGAAAAAAUCAAGAAAAUUUUAGAUUUUUAAAUGUAGGAAAUUAUAGAAGAGCUUUUUUUUUUAAUAAAUACAAUGAACAACUUCUUCAUUCAGUUUCUUCUCAAAAUUUUACUUUGGAAAAGAUUCCAUUUUCUUCUGAUAAUAUUCAUAGAGAAUCAAAUAAAGAAUUGAAAUCAGAAAAUUUGAAAAAAAGUAUGGAAAUUGAAAAAAGAGAAUUAGAAAAUAAAAAUGAAACAGGAAAUAUUGAAAAAAAGAUUUGUAUAAAAGGAUCAGAAAAAAUAGAUAAUAAUAAAGAAAGUAUAAAAACAUUUUGUGAUUACUUUAAUAAAGGGAAUAAUCAUAUUGGGAAUCAUGAUAAAUAUGAAUUAAAUAUUAAUAGGAAAUCAUGUGAUAAUUCAAAAGAAGGAACAGCAGGGUUUCAUCAGAGUCAUUUAAUUAAUGAACAAAAAAAAGAUCAAAAUGCAAAAGAAAAUGAGAAAAAUAACAUAGGAAAAACAAAAUAUUAUGAUUUUAAAAUAAAAGAAAAUGAUAAUCAUAGUCAAAGUUACAGAAGCCGACUAAGAGAUGAAAAAAAAAAAGAUAAAAGGAAAUACGAUGAUUUAGAAAGGGUUAAACGAAGUAAUAGUUAUCUUAGAAAAAGUAGAGAAAUAGAUGAAAAAAGAAAAUACAUGUAUAAUUAUAGAAAUGCAUAUAAUACAGAUAGUUAUAGAGAUAAAAUAAGUUACAGGAGUAGAGAAAGAGACUGGUAUAAAAAAAGCUAUAGAAAUAGAAGUAAAGAUAUUUAUAGAGAUAGAGAAAGGGAGAGAGAUAGAAGGAGAGAAAGAAAUAGAGAAAGAGAAAAAGAAAGAGAAAAAGAAAGAGAAAAAGAAAGAGAAAAAGAAAGAGAAAAAGAAAGAGAAAGAGAAAGGGAAAGAGAAAGGGAAAGAGAAAGGGAAAGAGAAAGGGAAAGAGAAAAAAAUAAAGAAAGAGAAAAAGAAAGAAAACAGGAAAGAGAGAAAGAAAGAGAAAAAGAAAGAGAGAAAGAAAGAGAAAAAGAAAAAGAAAAAAAUAGAGAAAGAAAUAAAGAAAAGGAUAAAGAUAAAGAAAAAAAUAAAGAAAAGGAUAAAGAUAGAGAAAGAGAAAAAGAUAGAGAAAAAGAAAGAGAAAAAAAUAAAGAAAAAAAUAAAGAGAAAGAUAAAGAAAAAAAUAAAGAAAAAGAUAAAGAUAGAGAAAAAGAUAAAGAAAAAGAUAGAGAAAAAGAUAAAGAAAAAAAUAAAGAAAAAUAUAAAGAAAAAGAUAAAGAAAAAGAUGUUCAUAAAAAGAAAAGGAAAAAUAAUGAAGAAGAUAAAGAUAAAGAAAUAGGAAAGCAAAAAAACAAUGAAAAAGAUAUAGUUGACAAUAUAAAAAUACCAAGAGAAUCUGAAAAUGAAGAAAAAAAAGCAAAAGAUUAUGAUAAAAGUAUAAAAGACACAAAAUGUAAAUUGGAAUAUAAAUUAAAUGAAGAUAUGAAAAGUGAAAAAAAUUUUAAUAAAAAAAAGAAAAAUAAAGAAAAUAUAGAUAACAACGAUGAGUACCAAACUAAAGAACAAAAAAAACAUAAGUUAGAUAUGGAAGAAAUUAAAAAUAUAAAGAAAAAGAAAAUCUAA